AUGGAAGUUCAAAUUAUUUCUCAAGAAAUUAUCAAGCCCUCAGCUCCAACACCACACCACCUAAGAACCUAUAAGCUCUCUGGAAAGGACCAGAUUGCAGCUUUAGCAUAUGUCCCUGUGAUUCUUUUUUACUCACCAACCAACGAAAUGUCUAGCAAAAAUUCUGACUACCUAAAAAAAGCCUUUUCCGAAACUUUAACCCUCUUCUACCCUUUUGCUGGGCGAAUAAAAGAUGUGUUAUUCAUUGAUUGCAAUGAUGAUGGAGCCACUUAUAUUGAAGCACAUGUUACAUGCAACAUGUCUGUGAUACUUCAGCAGCCAGACAUUCAUCAAUUGGAGCAGCUACUGCCAUGCAAGCCAGAUGAAAACUUAGAUGAGCUGAGCACAAGGGUAAUGCUAGCAGUCCAAGUGAAUUACUUUGAUUGUGGUGGGAUAGCGGUUAGUGUAUCCAUUUCCCAUCGAGUAGCUGAUGGGUCGUCAUUGGUAAGCUUUGUUAAAUGCUGGGCUGCAAUUUCCUGUGGAGUUGACCAUCAUAUUGUUGACGGGGUGGUUGUUGAUUGCACCUCACUCUUUCCUCCACAAGAUUUGUCAGGCAUAAAAUUACAUGAGAGUUUCAGAAAUGACAACACGUACUGUAAAACUGUGACGAAAAGGUUCGUGUUUUAUGGCCCUAAGGUAGCUGCACUUAGAGGAAAGUUGAGCAAUGGACCAUAUUUAGAUCGUCCAACCAGGAUUGAGGCUGUAUCCGCCCUUAUGUGGGGUGCAUUUGUUGGAGAAGAAAAUGAGUCUAAGAAGGUAUAUAAAGUCGCAGCUCACAAUGUGGAUUUGCGGAAGAGAUUGGAUCCACCCCUACCACAACAUUGUAUUGGAAAUAUAAUCCAUACUGCUAUGGCAAAAUGGCCAGCAAAAGUGGUAGACUAUAAUGGUUUAGCAGGAAAAAUUCAUGAGUCAAUAAGCCUGAUAAAUAAUGACUAUAUUUGUCAGGUUUAUGCAGACAGUAUUACUGACCAAGGAUUACUGGCACAGAUUGUAAAAGAUCCCAACAACUGGAGUUUAUUUGGUUUCAGCAGUUGGUGUAAAUUUCCAUUCUAUGAGGUUGAUUUAGGGUUUGGAAAGCCCAUUUGGGUAGGCACUGCCAUGAGGCUUAUGCCCAGAGGUGCUUUUCUCUUAGAUACAAGAGAUGGUGAGGGAAUAGAAGCAUGGGUGACAUUAUCUGAGGAAGCAAUGCUCAAGUUUGAAAAAAAUCCUGAUAUCUUAGCCUAUGCUUCUGGUGCACAAUACCUGCAUGGUAGCAAUGUUGGUGCGCAUGAUGGGAGGAUGCAUUGGUGCAGUGGUCGUUAUGCUGCUGCUUACGAUCCCUUCAAUGAUGAUGCUCAAACCAUCCACAUUGAGGAAUAUGAAGCCACAACAAUCAGUAAGUCUGGUUUGUAUCAUACUACUAGUUUUUGUGUUGGCUUAUGCCAAGGUUUUCUGCGCUUCAUGAAGUUGGUUGGCUAUCCCGAUCCAGAUAUUGCUGAUCAUUUGAGUGUUUGGGAACUGGAGGAUUAUGAGUGUAAAAAAAUUGAUUUUGAAGCACAAGAUUUACUUUAA